AAACAUUUUGUUUUAAUGCAUAGAAAAUAGGCAGGUCUGUACUUUAUGCAGAACAGUUUAACCUCAAUUUACAUGUAAGAUUUGCAUGAGUUUUAUUUUUACCACAAGCGGUUCAGUUUCUGUUUUACGAACUGUAUACAGGCAGAGCUGAUUAAUUCAUAAACGAGAUGGCAUGCAGAUUGUUGUAAUUUGCUGGUUGUUUUAUACACGUCUGGUUAAACAACUGAACAAUACUGCCUGUUGCUUUUUGUACAGUUAAGGCUCAGAAGAUGUUUAGACGCAGGAAAGUUGUUCUGGGGGUAUCAAAGAAAAACCCAGCAGACUACACCGCCCAGCCUGAGGAACAAGUAGAAACAAGAACCAGACCAAGCUACAACAGGAGGAGCUACGCAGGAGUAACUCCACAAAGAAUUCCAGGCGAGUUUGCUGACCCACUGGAUAGGUUUGCGAAAUAUAGGCGAAGAUCUGCAAACAUUGAAACAUUGAGAAAAGAAGCAAAUGACAUAACUGAAACACCAGUAAGAGACCAAGACUUUAAAUAUAGCAGAAGGAAAUUCCGAUCUGAAGAAGAUUUGCUAUCAGAUACUAAGGACACUACCCCAACUGCCAGUUGUUCAACUUUACAUGUGCAGCAUUUAGAUUUGAAUGAAGGCGCUUCAAGAAAAUUGAAAUCUGAAGAAAAACUAAAUACCUCAGAGCCUGGAACAAGCAUACUCAUUAAUACAGAAAAGGAAAGUGAUUCAGAGGACAGUGAAUUCAUACUGAAACCUAAAGAAGCAGAAUACUCAAAACCAGUUUUAAAAGAACAAAUUACAAUAGCAAAUACAUGUCAGGAUUCAGAAGAGAGAAAAGAAACUGAUAGCACUAAUGAAAAAUCUACUCCAGAAAUAAAGGAAUUUGUCUUGUCACACCCAGGGCAAACACCUGAAAAGAUUAGUACUGCACAAAGUCAAGGAGAGGGUAAUAAACCAAAACAGCAACCAAUUCCAGCUCCAAGAACCAGUUUGAUCUUACAGUCAAAUCAAAGUGACAUACAUCAGGACCAAAAGCAAAGUAUUACCAAGGAGACUGAAUCAGAAGUUGUACCAGUCAAAAUCCCUGUUGAAGAGGCACCCAAACCAAAGCCAGUUUCUACAGAACAGCAGUGGAAGAACAACAACAAGCCAACAUCACCACCAAGCCAGGGGUCUGACAAAGAAGCCAGCAAGUCAAACAGUAUCAGUUCUUCAGACUCAAGUAAACACCAAUCUCAUUUGGCAUCUGCUGAACCUAGGAAAGCUCCUGUAAAACCUGAUCGACCAAAGCGGAAGGCAAAACUACAAAAGCUGCAACAGGAUAGUUUAGGCACAACCACUUUAGGUUCAACCUCUAGCUCCCCAGGCUCAACCUCCCCAUCUCUCUCGCCUUCUCCAUCUCCAUUGUUCCUAGAUAGUUCUAGUUCUGAUCCAAUGAAAACAUCACAUGAAGAGAAAGAACCUAAGGGUCAAUCAACUGAGGCAUCAGUGACAAGUAAACCCACAACUUACCUUCAUAUAGUAUCUCCACCAAAAUUUACCAGCCCUGGGAGUGCCAGCCAGGCAAUAUCUUGGAAAUCUGUGGGCUAUCUGCCCCAAACAAGUCCUACUAGAGACUUCCCUCCACCUCUUGCCCCUAAUUCCACAGACACAAAUGCCAAGUCAUGCCAAGAAGAUGAGAUUAUUCCACAAGUUGCAAAAUCGAGGGUAGAACAUCCAGUUGAUAUUGAAAAAGAAGUGACCAACAUUGAACUUAAUCCUGUAACAUCUGAAGAAGAGCAAGACAUGGAGAAUAAAAAAGCUUGCAGAGACGAAUUGGCCAAUCUCCGUGCCCAGUUUUUUGCUGAUAUGGACUCAGUUGCUGACCAGAGCUUUGAUUUUGUCCCAACGCUGGUCACUGCUACAGGAGGGGCAAGAGUUAGGUCCAGUGGGUCAGUGAGUGAGGACGAAAUUCAGCCAGUAUCCAUAAAGCGGAAAGUUUCACCAACAGGACAGAAAGAAGAAGAGGAAGAUAAACUUGGAGUGGAAGAGCACAGAAUCUUACCUGUAAUGCAAGAACAUGAUGCAUCUCUCCCAAAUCUCCAUGAUAUGGAAGAAGGUGUUGAAGAGGAUCAGAUACAAUCAGAAGUAGCUCAGAGGAGAGACAUAUCCCAUAUGGAACAGGUUGGUGACAUAGUGCUACUCCCAGUGGAACAUGUUGUCUUAAAUGAAGCAGCACCUAGCCAUGGACAGAAUGGGCUGACUGAACCCCAGGAGCUUCAAGGGUACAGCUUGGAUGGGAGUAUUGAUGAUGUGAAAGAGGACUUCCCUGUUGCCAGAAGUCACAGCCCUGUCUCCAUAGAAGAGGAACCCAUAUCUCCCAUAGCUCUGGUAAAGAAAGAUCCCACCAUAUUUAUAGACAAUACAUUGAAUUUCAUUGUGAAUGACAGUGGGAAUGAUCACAGUGAUAGGUCAGUGGCUGUUGUGGAAGAAAACAAACAAGCAGGUAUUGAAAUGCUUGCAGAACUUGUUGCAGAUGAUGCCUAUGACAGGGCUGUUAUUCAGAAUGGUGGAAUUCACAGCUCUAAUGGAAAAGAUGAUAUAACGGAAGAUGAUGGGGUAAAGGAAGACCACAUUAUUAAAGAGAUCAAAAGUGAACUGAAACCAGAUAUCAAUUUCCCUGUUGAAACAGGCAUACCAGUAUCUGAUGGCAGUGAGAUUGAACAAGAUGAAACUGAAGAUGGGACAGCAGUGCACAUCUCCAGGGAAUAUUUCCCAGAAAAUCAGUGCAAGUCUGUCCCAGAUCUAACAGAAUUAGAUGAUCCAGAAGAAAUCUGUGAGAAAACUCUCCCAGAAUCUCAAGACUUUCAACAGUCUCAGCAGAAGUCAAGUGAAUAUUUCCCAGAAAACCAGUGCAAGUCUGUCCCAGAUUUAACAGCACUUGAUCAGACAAAUGUUGUGCUCACUUCCACUGGGGAUGUGAUAUCUGGACGAGAUGAAGUGGAACCUGCCAUGGCUGAUGAAUAUUUCCCAGAAAACCAGUGCAAGUCUGUCCCAGAUCUAACAGCACUUGAUCAGACAAAUGUUGUGCUCACUUCCACUGGGGAUGUGAUAUCUGGACGAGAUGAAGUUGAACCUGCCAUCGCUGAUGAAUAUUUCCCAGAAAACCAGUGCAAGUCUGUGCCGGACCUAACAGAACUUGACAGUCCACCAGUAAAAAAAAUAACUGAUACACCUGAGUACUUUCCUGAGAAUCAGUGUAAAUCUAUUCCAGAUUUCCAAGCAAUGGACAGUUCACAGCAGCAGACAAGUGGGGAUAAUCAGGGAACUGAUGUCCCCAAGGCAACAGGUCGGGAGGAAUAUUUCCCAGAAAACCAGUGCAAGUCCAUUCCAGAUUUGGUUGGUUUAGGUGAAAUGACACAAGGAAAUAAUAAACCAGGUAUUAAUAUACAAGAUCCUGGCCAGAAGCCAGAUGAAGUUGUCUCCCCACUGUCUCCAGUACAGCCAGCCAAGUUCACACUAGGUGGAGAUGACGACAGCCCUACAAUCAUUCCACCUGUCAUCAGUUUUGGCACCACACAAAGUAAAACUACGUCCACUCCUCCCAAGCCACCCCGUAAUACGAAAGCUAUAGAUAAGGCCAUGGAGAUUGCCAGAGAGGUGGAACCUUCCCAUGUUUUCCAUAAAGAGGAGGUGGAAGUCACCUCUGGGGAAAAUGAACUGGAGAAGGAAAGAAAGCAACUUAUCUCACAAAUGAAAGUGAGGAGAAAGAAAGUUGCCACAUGGAAAGGGGUUCCAGAGAGUCCCCCAAUGCCAGCCACCAGUGGGAAACCACUGAACAGCAUGAAGAGGUAUGAAGAACGCAAGAAGCAGAUUCAGAAGCAGCAGCCAGAUGUAAUCCCCAAGACCAAGGCUCAAGGAGAAGUGGAAUCGCAUUCAAUCAGAGACCAAGACCUGACAAAAAAGCACUGGGAAGAAAAACUUGCGGAAGAAGAAGAAAAAAAAAGUUUUCGAAAGCAACACAAACAUAAAAACCAUGAAGGGGAGCAUGACAACAGACUGAAGGAGGAAUCAUUCAUUUCAGAGGAUGGCCUCAAAUACAGAGAUGAGAUGAUCCAGGAUGAGAAGAAUAUUAAAAGCCUUGACACAGACAAUGACAAAUAUGCCAGUGAAAGUGCAAUAGACAGGGAAAUCCGUCUUGCAACAGAGCGUGAAGAACGCCUGAGAAAAGAGCGGGAAGACAGGCUCCUAGAACUGCAUCUAAAGCCCACACCGCAUAGUGUCCAGUCAAAACAGCCUCCAGCAAAGCAGCAGACGACAUCUGCCAAAUCUCCUACCAAUGCUGGAGGUGACAGCUGGUCUUCCAAGCCAAUGUCGUCUGCAGAAAGCUCUGUUGUACAAGACCAGCAUGAGGAGAGGCAUAUAAUGAAGAGACAGGGACUUAGUCAACCUGUGCCUGGAUAUGAAAAGGAGCAGCAACAGAGUGAAUUUGAAAGACAAGAAAAGGAGGAAGAAAGGCUGUCAGCACAUGAAAGCAUAGUUGAAAGAGAAAUCCGUCUUCAGAGAGAGCGUGAAGAGAUCAUUGCUCGUGAGCGUGAGAGAGCUUACCAGCAGAAAAUAGAAGAGUCAAAAAAGAAAACAUCUCCUCCAACUUCUUCAGCACCACACAAGGAAAAGAGUCAGGCCGCCUCAGGUGGAUCUUUAAAGCUCCAUAUUAGUUCUCCAGUGGCAUCAACUACAAAACCAGCAGUGAAGACAUCCAGCGCUCCAAGUGGUGAAACAAUGGCCGAGGGAAAACAUUUUGCUCACCCGGGGGAGAGUCGAAUUGCUCGGGAAUUACGAGAGCAACGUGAAAGAGAGGAAGAAAUACAGCGUCUUCGACGCCAAAUGUCUGGUUCACAAGGUAAAGCCAGUGACUGUGGUGACCAAGAUGAGGCUGACACCAAGUCUGUGGACGUGCCACAACAGCCUAGUGGGACUUGGCAGAAAGAGGUGAAACCAUUCAAAAGGGAAGGUUAUUCUUUCAGUGCCAACUCCACUGAUUCAGCCCAUAGCACUGGGACAAACACAAGCUACUCUGCCCUCCACGCUUCUAGUGUUCAGAAUGAUACUGUGACUUCCCCACGCUCUCCCAAGGUGAAGCCAUUUCAAGAUGUUGAACCUCAAAACUCCUACAAGUAUGUCCCCCAGCCUGAAACCCCUAUUGAGAGGGACAUUAGGAUCGCAAGAGAGCGUGAAGAGGAAUUGCGAAAGACACAUACUUCACCCAAGCUUCCUCUACCAGCUGAGAGGGAGGUUGUGAUCAUAGAAAAAGAGGUGCCUCAGAAGACCCCAGAUCAUUCAGAUGGGCAUAAUGGAGUCACUUUAAGGACAAAGCCAAAAGGCAAUUCCACAAAUACACAAGAAAAGUUUACUUUCAGGAAAUCUCAAAACUUGACAGAAAGUAAGAUUCAUCAAGAACUUGAGGAGAUGCAGCAGAGAGAGCAAGAGCUCAAAAGCAGAUGGAAUCAGUGUAGUGAACCUAUGUAACAUCCACACAGGUAUGAGUUAGCAUGCUCAGUACCACAGGUUCUUGUACACAUGCUAUCAGUGAAGCAUUGACUAUUCCCUGCAUGAAGCAUGUCAGCAACAGUGCCAAUGAGCAGCUUGCAAUAUGUUCACACAAAAAUGCCCUGAUAAAAAUUUGUCAUGGUGCAGUGUCACAUGUCCUCCUGUGUAUACUUAGGAUAUGAAUGACAACCUUUGUGGCACACAGAGCUGAUUUUUAAAUGUCUUGCUUACCUUUAUGUAUUGACAAGAAUGUGAAGUUAUUCCAGUUAUCUUUGCAAAUAUUGGGAAAGGACCUUUUCAACUUUUAUAAUAAAAACCAGCAUGUAGUGCAGAGGUGCACAUAUAAUAGUAUGAUUCAGGAGUAUGCAGGUUCUCUUGUAAAUACAACAUUUGCAUGAUACACAUUGGGUGAAUCUUUUCCAUAUGUAUUUCCAUUAUAGAAUUUUUUAUUGAGGGUUUUUUCAUAGUAUUUUAUGUAUUCAGCAUAUUAUAUCAAAAUGAAGCAACAUUUUGAAGGUUUUUAUGUCUGAAAAUUGGCAUGCUGGUGUUUUGCAUAUAUCCACUACCACAUUCUACAACAUUGCAUUACUUUCAUAAAAGAUUAUAGAGCUGACAUAUUUCUCAUUAAAAUAUGCAUGUUUCCAUCAACAUUUUGAAGUCUUGACAUUUUCUUUUAAAACAAAAUGGGAGGACAUAAAAUUCCAUGUGCUGUAUCAACAAAACACUUAUGGCAGUUGCUCAAGCAUCCAUUUCAUGUACUGCAUACAAAUAAUGAAUUCUGUCUAAAUCAUGAUUCAUUGUGGAAGCCUUACAUUUACUUUAGAUAAUUUUAAUUAAAACACCAGGUCCCUUGAA